CCUAAUUAAAACAUCUAGUAAUUAAUGAACAAAACCAUGAUUCUAAACCCGACCCGACCCGUUUGGUCCGGUUUCUCAUCUUCCAAAUCUCUUUGCGGCGAUGCAAACUGCAUGGAGCAGCUUCUCCUCCACUGCGCAAACGCCAUCGAAUCAAACGACGCCACGUUGGCUCAACAGAUCAUUUGGGUCCUCAACAACCUCGCUUCCCCUGACGGCAACUCCACUCAAAGACUCGCUUCCUCCUUACUCCGCGCGUUGAUCUCACGCGCCUCCACCAAGUCCCCCGCUUUCGCUUUCCUGUCCGCCGCUUCCCCACUAUCCCAGAAAACGCUUCACCGCUUCUCCGUCAUCGAGCUCGCCGCGUUCGUCGACCUCACGCCGUGGCACCGUUUCGGAUUCAUCGCCGCGAACGCAGCGAUCCUCGACGCCGUCCAAGGUUAUUCCUCCGUUCACGUCGUUGACUUAAGUUUGACUCAUUGCAUGCAAAUCCCUACUCUUAUCGACUCCAUCGCAACCAAACCAUUCAAAGAACUACGACCUCCUCCGCUUCUCAAACUCACCGUCGUCGUCGCCGAAUCUCAUCCGCCUCCACUGCUCGGAAUCUCCUACGAAGAACUCGGGUCAAAGCUAGUAAACUUCGCAGCCACACGUAACAUAGCAAUGGAGUUCAGAAUCAUCUCUUCUUCUUAUUCCGAUGGCCUCUCUUCUCUUAUCGAACAGCUACGAUUAGACCCUUUCGUCUUCAACGAAGCUCUCGUCGUUAACUGCCACAUGAUGCUCCAUUACAUUCCCGACGAAACCCUUACUUCUUCGAGUCCUCCCAGAUCAGUUUUCUUGAAAGAGCUCAAAGAUCUAAACCCUACGAUAGUAACUUUAAUCGAAGAAGACGCAGAUUUCACCUCCAGAAACUUUAUUUCCAGGUUAAGGUCUCUCUUCAACUACAUGUGGAUUCCUUACGACACCGCCGACACGUUUUUGACACGUGGCAGCGAGCAAAGGCGGUGGUACGAGGCGGAUAUAGGCUGGAAGAUAGAUAACGUGGUGGCCAAGGAAGGUGCGGAAAGAGUUGAGAGAUUGGAGCCCAAGAGUCGGUGGUUCGAGCGGAUGCGAAAAGCGCAGUUCACCGGAGUUGGCUUCAGCGAGACGGCGGCGAGGGAGGUCAAAACGAUGCUAGAGGAACACGCCGCCGGGUGGGGAAUGAAGAGAGAUGUUGAUGAUGAUGAUGACGUGGACCGUUUUGUGCUGACGUGGAAGGGACAUAGUGUUGUGUUUGCCUCGGUUUGGGUACCAAUUAAUGGAGUUGAUGAUGUUACGUAUAUAGAAGCUUAAAUUGGAUAAUGAUGUUUAUCUUAUCAUUAAUCAAGGAUUAGUAGUG